AUGGCAAUUCUUUAUACGCAGAUAAUAAAGCUUCCAGACUAUAGGAUUCUUUCAGGAGAGUAUUCGCCUCAGAGCAACUCCCUUAGACCGGGAAACGACAUAGUCAAAGAGUUGAGAAACACCAUUAAGUCGAUCCCAGGUAGUGGGACUUCGUCUUUUUACACAUUCAACUCUUUGGACACAAGAUUUGUCUUCUACUUCAAGGUCCAUACUGGGAUUGUUUUUGCAGUGAUAAGCGACAGGUACACCUCUUCAAAACUGGCAUCCGAGUAUAUGGAUCUGGUUGUGGAAGGCUUUGCGAAGAUAUAUGUGGAUAACCCAAAGACAACAUACUACACUUUUGACCCCACAAUCAAAGCCAUGUCUGACAGGUUCAACAGAGACUCAAACUAUGCCCAGGGAAUGGCAGUUGUUGAGGAAACUAAGGGACUUCUGGCGGAAUCUCUCAACAUGAUAAUUAAGAGAGACGAGAACAUAAACAACUUGAAAGGUCUUGCAAGCAGGAUGACUGUCGAGGCACAGAUGAUGCAGAAGAACAUUCAGAGGAUGCAUCUAAAGAGUAUGUUGAACGACUACUGGAUCUAUGUAGUGUUUGCAGUUCUGAUUAUUCUCUUUGUGUACUAUAUAGCCCAUUAA